AGAAAGGGAAACAACAGGAGGACUAUAAAAGGGAGGAGCGGGGAGGUUGUUUUUCCAGACGUCAGACAGAGCUGAAGUGACUGAGGAGGACUUUUCACAAGACAAUUAACUACGAUGUGGGCGGGGCUCAGCCUGCUCCUGGCUCUCUGCCUGCUCCCUGGGGGUGGGACAGAGAGCGAGGGGGAGGGAAGCCGCUGUAAGCCGCCUCCUAUUUGGAGCAUCGGGGAGGUGGAGCCUAUGAAGGAGGCUAUGGGCCAGGUCACAGUGGUGGCUCUCCUACAGGCAAGCUGAUUGUUCUGCUUGGUGCAGGCAUCCUUAUUGGAUGGGCUGCGCUUGAAGUUGGAGGGCCAGGGUCUGAAAAAUGUGCACUACAUGGUGGUGAACCACCAGGGGGAGAAGGCCCAGCGUCUGCACAAACUGCUGAAGCAGAAAUUAUCAGAGAAAAUAACUCUGUACAAACAGGAGCCAGAACAAGUUGACGUGUGGCAGAGCCUAGCUGGACAGAAGGAUGACUUCCUCAUCUAUGACAGAUGUGGUCGUCUGACCUACCAUAUCUCCCUACCCUACUCCAUCAUGAGCAUUCCCUACGUAGAGAAUGCUAUCAAGGAGACCUACUGCGCACGCAUCUGUGGGAACUGCAAACAUGAGAGCGUGGAGAUCCCAGCAGAGUGCAACGGAACCGCGGAGGCCACGUCUGAGGGAGAGGACAAGCCGACCACCACAGUGGAACCAACUCACGAUGGACAUCAACACCAUCGUCAUCAUCAUCAUCAUCAUCAUGACGACAAGCACGGUGACCAUGGCGACAGGGAGGUGGGCCGUGGUCAUGGGGCGGAGCAGCAGCGCCACCACAAACAUGUCGGCGAGGGGCACCGCCAUGUCCAGGACCAGUUGCACGUCAGUCAGGACCACGUGGGCCAGACGGCGGUGCAACUGGGCCAGGAGACGAAUGAAGGCCAAGUAAUGCAGAGGCCUUGAGCCAAGGAGGGGGUCAGGUGUAGUGGGCAGCAUGACUGACAGUGGAAGGAGGGGUCUGUUUUAAGUCCCUCCUCCAAGGCCAGCUGAUGCUGACACUGACGGCACCUGUUGGAUGACGGUGUGAGCGGCCAGCCAAUCAGGCUCUGACACUGUAACGAGGCGCUGCCCGCUUCCUGUCAGUGACACGGACUGAAGGGCCUCCUCAGGGAGACCUGACAGUGACGCUCACCCCAAACUGACUGACAGCAGCCUCGGCCAGUCAUGUGAGCCUGAUCCCCGGGUGUUGAGAGCUGAGGGUGAGAGCAGCUGUAAGCAGGGCCACGGCUCUGCGACAGUUAGCUUUCUAUACCUUAGAGGCCUCAUUUUAACAUCACUGAGCCCAACACCGGGGUAAAGCGCUCUUAUAACAUCUUACCGACGAGUAUUACGCCCGGGACUGUGAUGUCACAGCUGACAGAGCAACAAUCACACUGGUUCUGGACUGUCACCAUAUGGGAAAAGGAUGGCAUUUUAGAUGUCUCCAAAAGGAUGGUAUAACAUCAAGGGGUUUUUCUCUGUCAGCUUGUUGGCGUCACCUUCCCAGGAGUGUGUGCGGUGAUUAUAUUGAAGUUUCCCCUGCUCUAUUUGGCUCCUUCUAUCCACAAUGAAGGCUGGCGCAGAAACUAGGUUCUAGUGGCACCUGUCUGAUGUCCGGUUGGGAAGAGGAGAGGGGGGGAACCCGCAAUAUUACCACCCACUGAUGUUCAAAGCAUAAAACAUGUAGAGCUUUGGAAGGGUGUGGAAUUGUAGGAGUAGUAGUGGUGAGGUAGGGGCCGAUGCGUAGUAAACUGGCUUCAAGGCCCGGACAGAGACAACUGAACUGGAGUUGUUAAACUCAGCAUUAGUGAAACUCAUUUCGAUGAAAGACAACUGGAUAGGGUAGGAUUUUUAUCUUUUCCUUAAAAGACCCUCUAAAUCAAUCAAAGUUCAAAUACAAUUUCAAACCAGUUGUAUUUUAUUUUUAGCAAACCCUUGAAUCAUGUCUUCGUUUUAAAACAGUUUGUUUUGUGGAUUUUCAAAAAGUCCACAUCUAUUGCUUAAAGCUGUAAGAAUAUGUGUUAGUUUGUUUGACAAUAUUUCACACUGGUAGAAUGUACUUUUAUUAACUAAAAGACUCUUUUCACCUAACAAAAUAAAUAGUGAAUACAAAACAAUUAUAAAAUUGUGAACACUUCAACUAAUAAAAUAAACUAACUGGAAUGAAGGUGGGUAAACAGAAAAAAUGAAAGAUGUAAUAAUUCUGUACUUAAUGAAGGCCUCUAGGGGAAGACAACUGUCACCUAGAAUACUGAUGGUUUGUACAGAACACAUUCAUUCUGACAUUGGCCUGUAUUGUUGGUGGUGGAGAAUGUGAGAAAACAUGAAUAAAAUUGAAUGACAAACUCCUA